AGCCUGAGCGUCGCCGCAACGGGAUUUAAAUUCCCCUUGAAUCCACAAACGUUUUCCCAUUGCCCUCAUAUCUCCUUGAAGUUGUUCAAUCGCCUACUGCCAUUUUCCAAUCUGACAUUACUACUAUCAAGAUGACCAUCACCACGAUCCACAGUCAGUCUGAGUUCCACGACCUUACUCAAAGACACCGUUUCGUCAUCCAUUUUGCAACGGCAACAUGGUGCAGUCCUUGUCAAAGCAUCAAACCAUUCGUUGAGAAGCUUAUGAACAACUCGAGUUAUGACCCCGAGAAACUGGUUUUUGCCCAGUUCGAUACCGACGAAAUUCCAGCCCUUGAUGCCGAACUCGGAAUUCGCGCAAUUUCUGAGUUCUUCGUUAUGGAAAAUGCAGAGCGAGUUGAUAAUAUUUCUGGGGCUAACCCUCCUGCUCUUAAGAAAUUAGUUGACUCUUGCAUUGAAAAGGUGAACCCAUCUUCGUCUGAUGACUUUUAAAGUCAUGGACCUUGCCGUCCUGACCGGCCCGGUGGCUUUUGGGUGAUUCUUUUCUGGGCCGAAACGUGCGAUCUGCCACUUGUGCAUGCACGUCUCUACAUAUCACAGUAGCGAUGCCACCUUAGCGCCAGCAGAAUAUCCCCUGACACUGGAGAGGGAGACGAAAGGCAACAAUAGCCGGCAGAGAACAGGUGCAAUCAGGCAUUCACUGGUAUCACGUAAGGGUAGUUGUUAUAGCAUAAAGAACCGGAGAGGAUGGAGGAGGUUUUAGGGGAAGGGACCCUUAGCCAUAAGAUAAUAACUUAGCUAAAACAGACUGACCAUUUACCUUACUGUCGAAAGGAUCUAUAAAUUCAAGACUGCGUAUCACAAA